UCUGUUGAUUUCCUGCAUCCAUCUCUCUUAAAAGCAGCGAGUCUUAAGUCUGUAGCCAUACUGGAUGACCCCCACUGCAAGCAGAAUAGCACACGGUUCUGUAAAAAAUGGUGUGUGAAAUCCUCCUCCUCCUUGUGUGCCUUGCCUUGAUGUCAACCCCUGUGGAGGGUUAUAACGGUAAUCUAGGCAUACUUUGUGAAGAUUUGGUAGACCAUCGCAACAAUGACGUUCUGAAGACAGCUCUUGGCAGACUUAGUUUGAUAGGACACAGCUGUAAGGAUAUUCAGGAAAAAUACCAUAUCCACGAAGAUGGCUUGUAUUACCUCAUCACGACCAGUGGGGUGGUGUACCAGACUUACUGUGACAUGACCACAGCAGGUGGUGGCUGGACUCUGGUGGCUAGUGUGCAUGAGAACAACAUCUAUGGGAAGUGCACUGUAGGGGACCGCUGGUCAAGUGAGCAGGGAAACAGCCCUAAUUGGCCGGAUGGAGAGGGGACAUGGAGCAACACAGUGACCUUUGGAACUCCUGAGGGCGCUACCAGUGAUGACUAUAAAAAUCCUGGUUACUAUGACAUUACAGCAAAGGAUGUGUCAGUGUGGCACGUUCCCAAUACAAGUCUGCUGAAACACUGGAAGAUUGCUGCCAUCAUGCGUUACCACACAGAGACACAUUUUCUCCAACUCUACGGAAACAAUCUGUAUCAUCUCUUCAAUACCUUUAAAGUGAGGUACAAUGCUGGAGCAUGUCCGGUCAACAAUGGGCCUGCUAUUCCUGUGGUGUAUGAUUUUGGAGAUGCGGAAAAAACCAAACAGUUUUAUGGGCCAUAUACAAGAACUGAAUUUACUCCGGGCUACAUCACCUUCAGGGUGUUUAACCAUGAGAGAGCCGCCAUGGCCAUCUGCUCUGGAGUCAAACCCACUGGGUGCAACACUGAACAAUACUGCAUUGGUGGUGGGGGAUUUUUUCCGGAGGGAAAUCCAAUCCAGUGUGGUGACUUCACAAGCUUUGCCUGGAGUGGAUAUGGGACCAAUACAGGUUGGAGUACCUCGAAGGAGAUUCUCGAAUCCUCCGUGCUGCUCUUCUACCGCUGACGUUCUCCUAACAGACAGCAUGACUAAACUUCAAGUGUGGCACAUGCCUUUGUUUUUCAACUUGUAUUUACUAUUUACUAUUUACUCUCACACUUUGACUGAAUAAUAAACAAGUGAGUGGUUGGAAUUAAA